AUGACUAUUCUUUCUUUGAAGGAGGACCGGCCUACGCCAAAGGCGGUCUACAACUGGAGAGUGUAUGCCUGCGCUGCUACAGCAUCCUUUGCAGCAUGCAUGAUUGGCUACGACUCUGCCUUCAUUGGCACCACUCUCGCCCUCCCUUCGUUUGAGGAUGAGUUUAAUUUUGCGCAAUACUCCAAGUCACACCUCACACUUAUCCAACAAAACAUUGUAUCCGUCUAUCAAGCCGGAGCUUUCUUCGGCAGUUUGGCGGCCUAUGUCUCCAGUUACUUUCUGGGACGUAGGAAAUCUCUCCUCACCUUUGCCGCCUUCUUUAUGAUUGGAGCCGGCAUGAUGCUUGGUGCCAACGGCAGCCGUGGCCUCGGCUUGAUUAUUGGUGGCCGUGUGCUGGCUGGCUUUGGAGUGGGAGGAUGCUCCAACAUGACACCCAUCUACAUCUCUGAGCUUGCUCCGCCAGCCGUUCGUGGACGUCUCGUGGGCCUCUAUGAGCUCGGGUGGCAAAUUGGUGGAUUGGUCGGAUUCUGGAUCACAUACGGCGUAAACACAACCCUGGCGCCCAGUCACACGCAAUGGCUCAUCCCAUUUGCCGUCCAACUUAUCCCUGGAGGAAUGCUCCUGAUUGGCGCCAUAUUUAUACCUGAAUCUCCUCGCUGGCUCUUUUUGAAGGGUAAACGGGAAGAAGCCUUGAAAGUUCUUUGCUGGAUGAGACAGCUUGACCGUGACGACAAGUACAUCGUGGAGGAAGUGGCCUUCAUUGAUGAAGAUUUGGAUCGCUAUCGCCGAGAGGUUGGUGCUGGUUUCUGGAAGCCAUUCCUGGCUCUCAAGGAGCGCAAAAUCCAAUGGAGGUUUUGCCUUGGUGCUCUUCUAUUUAUCUUCCAGAAUGGCUCCGGCAUCAACGCGAUCAAUUACUACAGCCCGACUGUGUUCCGUAGCAUCGGCGUCCAAGGAACCAAUACAAGCUUUCUUACGACAGGCAUCUUUGGAGUGGUCAAGACAGCCUUGACCCUAGUCUGGCUUCUUGUGCUCAUCGACCACAUGGGACGCCGGAAUCUUUUGAUGAUUGGUGCCAUCGGCGGCUCCCUAUGUAUGUGGUUCAUUGGAGCUUACAUUAAGAUUUCGGAUCCUACUUCCAACCAGAACAACACCACGUUAUCUUCCGGAGGCAUCGCGGCCAUCUUCUUCUUCUAUCUUUGGACGGCAUUCUACACGCCAUCCUGGAAUGGAACGCCGUGGGUCAUCAACUCAGAAAUGUUUGACCAAAACACACGAUCUCUUGGCCAGGCUAACGCAGCCGCAAAUAACUGGCUAUGGAAUUUCAUCAUUGCGAGAUUCACUCAGCAAAUGUUUGAAGCGUGGGGAUAUGGCGUCUAUUUCUUUUUCGCAUCUCUCAUGAUAAUUUCCGUCGUUUUUGUAUUUUUCUGCAUUCCCGAGACAAAGGCAUUGCCUCUUGAGGCCAUGGAUCGGCUGUUCAAGAUUAAGCCGACAUGGAAGGCCAACAAAAUUUUAAUGGAGCAACUUCGAGCUGAGAAUCAGGAUUUUGAACAGAAUACGCGAGGGAUAGGUUGGGACAAUGAGAAGGAAACAUCGGCUGAGCAGGUAGAAGAUGGAGCAGUCAAGGUGUAA